AUGCCGCUGGCUGUGGGGGACCCCAGCCCUUUGCUCUGCCUUCUCCUCCUCCUGCUCCUGCUGCCCCACAGCCCUGAGGGGGCCCAUCCUCCCCAUCGAAGGUUUGAGUACAAGUUCAGCUUCAAAGACCCCCAGCUGGCAUCGCCGGGCGCUGGAAUACCCUUUUGGAGCCAUCAUGGAGAUGCCAUCCCAGGCCUGGCGGAGGUGCGGCUGGCCCCCUCUCUGCGGAACCAAAGUGGAGCUGUGUGGAGCAAGGAGCCUGCCCUCUUCUCUGCCUGGGAAGUGGAGGUGCAGGUGCGAGUGACCGGGCCGGGGCGCCGGGGAGCCCAGGGCAUGGCUGUGUGGUACACCCAGGACCGGGGUCCGGGAAGCUCUGUGCUGGGGGGACCUGACCCACUGGACGGCGUUGGGAUCCUCCUUGACUCCUCGGCAGGGGAUGCCCUGAGCAGCCCUGCCAUCCACGUGCUGGUGGGUGACCGACCCAGCGCCUCUGAGCCACCCCGGGAGGGAGCCAGCCGGGUGCUGGGCUCCUGCCACAGGGACUUCCGGAACCGGCCAUACCCCUUCAGAGCUCGGAUCACCUACUGGGGGCAGAGACUGCGUGUGUCUUUGAACAGCGGUCUCACGCCCAGUGACCCAGAGGAGGUCUGCGCCAAUGUGGGGCCCCUGCUUUUGGCGCCUGGAGGUUUCUUUGGGGUCUCUGCUGCCACUGGCACCCUAGCAGAUGACCACGAUGUCCUCUCCUUCUUGACCUUCAGUCUGAGUGAGCCGGGCCCAGAGGCUGCCCCCCAGCCGUUCCUGGAGAAGGAGCAGCUCCGGCUGGAGAAGCAGCUGAAAGAAUUGCGGACAAGGCUAUCCCUGGACAAUGAGGAGGACAUGAGUCCAAACCAGAACUUCCAAGGCCAGGAUGAGGGGGAAGAACGAUCCUUCAGCCUGGAGGACACGAUCCGCAGACACGGCCGCAUCCUGCAAACUCUCCAGGGUCUCUCGAGCCAGCUGGCCCAGGCGGGCAGAGAAUGGAAGCAGCCGCUGGGGUCCCCAGGUCAGGUCAGGCCUGAGGGAGUCUGGGACUCUGCCAAGGUCGAUGCCCUGCUCCAAGGUCAGCGGACCCUGCUCCAGGCACUGGGGGAGAUGCGGGAUGCAGCUGCUCUCAUGGCCUCGAGGGCCCAGGUCUUCUACCUGCCUGUGGGCACCAAGCAUCACUUCCUGGAGCUGGCACAGACGCUGAGCCUCCUGCAGAAAGACCUGCGGGGACAGGUGAAAGCAUCAGCCAAGGACGCCCGGCCAGCAGGCCGACCCCCAGGGUCCUCCCUGUGCCUCCGACCCGGCGGCUUCCUGCUCUUUCUGCUUGUCCAGACGGCGGGCUUCUUCUGCUACCUGAACUUCAGGCAGGAGCUGGAUGAGAGCCUUCGAGAGUAUCUGUCCUCGGGCCGACUUCCGCUGAGUCCUGCACCUCGAAUUCCUAAGGCUCUGGGGAUGCUGAGGAGGCAGCCGCCCCCUUCCAGCGCGCAUGCAUGACCCAUCAGAGCCCUGAACGAAGAUCUGCUUCCCGCCACCAGGAAGGGCUGGGGGGAAGGGCCUGGCCAGUGCCCUGCUCUUGUGGGCGCCCAUCUCCCACCCUAGCUCCUUAGCUUCUAGGGUGCUUCCAUUGUAUUAAAGGGUAUUUCUCACCCCA